ACACACGGUCAAAUCGUUUGACCCAUGACCCGGAAAACUUUUUCGGUUUUAUGGUGGUCCGAAGUUGAAAUCAUUGUACGGAUGGGUUCUCGGUGAUUGCAAACACGUGUGCUUUAUUGACACGUAAGCACAUGGGCUUUUCGGUCAUUUCCCAUAAACAUAAACCUGGCUCGAAGAAAAGCCCUAAAUGCCACCGUAUUCUCUUCUUCCUCUUCGCUCAACGGUCUCUUCUAUCUCACUCUGCUCAACGGCGCAAAAAGCUCUCUGCUUUCAGGUGUCACCUGAUUCUUCAACAUCAUCAAUCAACAGUAAGUAGCAGUAGAGGGAAUUUGUUACAGAAGAGACGGAACUCUGACAAACCAAUGCUUCUCGUCCUUCAAGUACUUGAGGAAGACCUCCACAGAAUUUGCUCAAGGACCAAGGUAUGCAAUUAUCUCCAUUCAAUUUAAUAGAUGCCAUAUGUCGUCUGUCCCGAAAAACAAUCAUACCCAACAACUACACUUAGCUUGACUUCAUUAGUUCCACUUCUAGAUGCUGCAAAAAUAUCUCUGGACAUCACAAACCACAAGUAACUAUCCUGAAAUCAGUUCCACAACUGAAACAAAACACUUGUUUCACCUUCUUGCUUCAUUCACAGCGCACACAGUCCUACUUUCAUACACUUUUAACCAUAUAACAGCAGUAAAGCCAUCAAUUCCAGCACCUUACUCUUAUCCCUGUUUGUACUGUCAAAUAGAGGGUCUAAACCGCCAAUUCUGCCAUAAGACACCAUCACACCAAUUCACUACAGUGAUAUCCCUGUCUGUACUGUCAAAUGGAGGGUCUAAACUGCCACUAAACGCACAACUACACACAUGGUGACUGCAAUAACAACUGAUACAGCAGCUCCUUUUAAAGGUUACUGUCAUGGUAAAAAAGUGCCACUCACCAAAAGAGAAACAGCACGCAGCACACUCCUAAAUGCCGUGGUCAGGUUGCAGCCUCCAUGCACCCUAGAACCAAUCAUAGGCUUCAGGUUGUCUUCUAGGAUACAUCAUAGCCUAAAGAAAUUGUCAUAUCCGCAUGUCUCUUAUCAGUUUUUUUUUUUGUAAGAUGAUGAUCUUUGCUUUUGGGUGUGCGUGUGUGUUUUCUUUUUUCUUCUCUUCUGAGAUGCUUGCUCUUUUCUUUGGUCAGGGGCCACUUCUUUUUGUUCAUCUCUUCUAUUGUAGUCCUCCCAAGUUUUCUUUCGUAAUAUGUAUUUAAACUAUGAUAAAGUUGCUAUAUUGGGGACAUAGAAGGAGCUAAUGCAGAUGAUAGUCUAUGAUAAACUUUCGUGUGGAUAUCAAGGCUUAUUUCAUCUUUCCAUGCCAAUUGCAUCCAAUUAAAUGAAAAGAAAGUCCUGAAAUUAGUUGGAAUGAUUUUGUAUAU